AUGGGUAAAACAUUUGAAGUAGCUAAUAGGUUACUUGAAGAAAUGGCUUUUAGUAAUUAUCAUUGGUCUAAUAAUAGGGGUAAACCAAAGAAUGUUGCUGCUAAUGCUACUUCUGAAAGAAUUGAAAAGUUGGAAACUAAAGUUGAUCAAAUUGUUGUUUCUAAUAGAAAUGUAGAACUUCAACUUGGGCAGUUAGCUAAUGCCAUCAAUUCUAGAAGUCAAGGAGCUUUGCCUAGUAUAACUGAAGUUAAUCCUAAACAACAUUGCAAUGCUGUCACUCUUAGAAAUGGUAAGGAGUUAAGUAACAUAAAAAGUACGAUGAAAGAAAAUGAGGUCGCCAAUGAAAGUGAAAAAGAGAAGGAGAAUUAUGAAACUGAAAAACACCCUGAAUUGACACCUCUUCCCCCAGUGACACCUUACGUACCCCCUAUUCCUUUUCCACAAAGACUUAAACAAACUAAAUUAGAUAAUGAAUUCCAGAAAUUCUUGAAUAUGUUUAAGCAAUUACAUAUUAACAUUCCUUUUAUUGAUGCUUUAAUGCAAAUUCCUUCUUAUUCUAAGUUUCUUAAGGAAAUUAUGUCUAAAAAGAAGAAGUUGGAAAAAUAUGAGACAAUUGCUUUGAGUGAGGAAUGUGCAAGUGUCUCUCUUAUGCCUUUAUCUAUUUGCAAGAAGUUAGGAUUGCAUAAUAUAAAAUCUACUAUUGUAUCUCUGCAACUUGUCGAUAGAUCUAUCAAAUAUCCAAUAGGAAUACUAGAAAAUGUGCUAAUUAAAGUCGAUAAAUUUAUUAUUCCUGUUGAUUUUAUUAUUCUUGAUAUGGAUGAAGAUAUAGAGGUACCCAUUAUUUUAGGUAGACCCUUCUUGGCUACUGUUGGAGCUAUUAUAGAUGUUAAGAAUGGUAUUUUAACGUUUGAAAUUGGUGAAGAGAAAGUUGAUUUUAAUAUAUUCACUUCUUCUAGAAACAAUUCACAACGAGAUCUUGUUUGUCAAGUUGAUAUAAUUGAAGACAUGACUAAGAAGAAACAUGUAACUGAUGCUACUAAUGCUCUACUUGAAGUGUGUUUGAGUAAAACAGAUACUAGAGACUUGUAUGCUACGUACAAUCGUCGUUUUGGUUUCUUUUAUCCUGAGAUUGAAAAAACAGCGCGUGCACUAAGGAAACAGAAGAGGUUGGAGCAAAUACAAAAGCUGCCAGAUUUUGAUUUGGAGUACAUCUUCUCUGGCGAAUCUGACAAUAAACCAUUAGAGAUGGGGGAUAACAACAAAGAAAAGCCACUACGUGACUACGCAAUGCCGAAUGCUAGUGGUGCCCCUUCAAGUAUUGUAAGACCUACUAUUUCUGCUAAUAAUUUUGAGCUUCGCCUGCUUUAA